AUGGCGGGACCAGAGGUUUUGAAAGCAAAACGUGGGAAGGGUGCCGAGAAAAAGAAGAGGGUUUAUGGGACCUUCAAGAAGAAGCACUUGUGUUCCAAAAAGAGAAGCAACAGACGUGUUGAGAGCAAGGCAUUGAUGUGCGUCGAAAAGUACGCUGGUGUCAAGACCAUUGCAAGUGCAUUUCGGAAUCUCAGUGGCUUUUCAGUGUAA